AUGCAAAGAUUAGUUAAAUAUCCCCUCCUUCUGGAAACUAUAGCAAAAUAUACAAGAGAAGGUAGUGAAGAAUUACAACAUUUAUUACAUGGAAUUGAACGGGCAAAACGUAUUCUUUCUGUUGUAAAUAGUGAUAAAAGAAAUGCUGAAAAUGAAAAAAGAAUGGAAGAGCUUCAACAAAGAUUAGAUUUUACUGGAUGUGAAAAGAGCUUUUUUCAACGUUUUGACUUUAGAGCUCACAAACUUAUUUAUGAUGGUCACUUACAAUGGCGUCAAGCACGCGGCAAAACAUUAGAUUUACAUGUUGUUCUAUUAGAACAUUUACUUGUUUUCCUAACAAAAUUGGGUUCUGAUUCUGGAAGUGCUUCAACCCCUCAAAAAUUGCAAUUAAAAAUUCAUGAAGCUGGUUGUAUUCCUAUAAUGCGGCUAUCGGCAGUUGAGGUAGAAGAAAAGCCUGGGGAUAAGCGUUCUUUCAAUUUACUUUAUAAGAGUGAUCUGAGGGUAUUUGAAUUAGUUGCGCAAACAGCUACAGAGAGGAAAACUUGGUUCCGGUUGAUCGAAAAUCAAGUUUCUGUUACCCGUUCCUCUCCCAUUCCAACAGAUUUUGACAAUAUUCUUGAUGGGAUUUUAACUAGUGGAGUACAACAACAACAAAAUAGGGCAACUCCACCUCCAUUAUUAGCCCAAAGAGCGAAUGUUGUUGAUUCUGGGUUACAACAUCAAGUAGCUAAAGUUGAGCAUGUACAUGUUUUGACACAUCCAGCACUUGUUAAUGCUGUUAGUUUUUCGAUUUUUAAAAAAUUUAAAAAAUGA